AUGGCCACUGCGGCUAAUAACUUGUUUAGUGAUGAUAGUGAUAACGAUAGUGAUGGGGGUGAUGGAAGUAAAGGUGGUGGUGACGGUGAUGGUGGCAGUGAUAGUGACAGUAAUGGUGGCAAUGAUGGUGAUGAUUACGGUGAUGGUGAUGACGAUGGUGAUAGUGGUGAAGUAGUGGUGGUGAUGGGUGAUGAUCAAUCUGUGUUAGGUGGUAUAUGUUGGUCAUCUAUCAGUAACGGGCGAUGUAAGGAACUUUUAUCGCAAAGUAUCACGAGAGAAAAUUGUUGCGCAUCUAAUGCUGCAGCAGCGACUGCUUAUUCUGAUGAAGAUCUGGAUAGUGGAAGUCUCUUCUUCUGGAGAGUUCUUGGUGGAGGUGUGCAAUGUCGCCCUUGUCGAGAGAGUUGCGCGGAAGUGAGGUGCGAAGAAGGAAAAAAGUGCAUAGUACGUAGAGGAAGACCGAGGUGCGUGUGUAGUCCAGAGUGUAAAGCACCGCGUGGUGGUGGACCGGUCUGCGGAACGGAUGGCAAGAGUUACAAAAGCCUUUGCAGACUCAAAAAGCGAGCUUGCAAGAAGAGCAGUCAUGAACUUGCGGUUGCCUACAACGGCCACUGCCAAAGUUCGUGCGCACGGGUUCGGUGCGGCCAAGGUCGGAGCUGUCUGCUGGAUCAGAACCUAAGUCCUCACUGUGUGAGGUGUGCUCGCAGGUGCCCCCAAGCACUCCCGCAUCAGGUCGUCGGCGCACGCCCCGUCUGUGGAGCCGACGGAAACACCUACAAGAGUGCCUGCCACCUGCGACUCGCCGCUUGCCGCGCAGGUCGCGCCAUUCCCGUCGCUUAUAAGGGUCAUUGCAAACAAAGCGCAGACUGUACCAAGAUACGCUGUAGAGAGGGCCAAACUUGUUUAUCCGAAAUGAAGUCUGGACGACCACGUUGCGUGACCUGUAUGUAUCGUUGCCCCCGGAAGCGGGAGCGCAUCCGGAAUAGGGCGCAUCGUGACAGAGAUCGAGAUCGAGAUCCAUCGAUGACCAUGUUAUGUGCAACAAAUAACAUCACCUAUCCCAGCUGGUGUCACAUUAUCAAGGACGCCUGUGUUACUGGUUUCGUUCUUGAAACACGGCACGCGGGCCCUUGUAACGCUUACGACACGGCUCCCUUUUAUAUUGAGGAAGACAACACUUCGAGCAACUACGGUGUUGAUCUGGCGGACGAAAAUACAAAAGUGAGUGAUGAUUACACCAAAUCUCCUUAUGGAGAUUUACGCCUCCAUUCUGUACCGUUCUUGUAGCUUUAGCGUUUUCAUAAUUUAA